CUACCGCGUCACCGAUAAUUUCAUUUAAUCGACUCCACAUUGUUGGCUCUAUAAAUACAGUCCAAACUGAAGCAGAAUCAAAACAGAACACACAAAAGUACUUCAAAAAGUCCAAACUGAACUGAGCAACAAAAAUUCUUCAAGAAACAAAGUUCAUACUUUCACUACUUUCUAGUCUUCUUUUCUACAUCAUCAUCAAUUACCAAAAAAAGAAAUGGGUAUUAGAUUGCCAUCUUUGAUUGCAAAUGUGAGGCAAUUCCACAGGCUCCAAUCUGCUGCAAGUAGAAACCACCACCAUUUUAACCAACCGGACGUGGUUCCAAAAGGGCAUUUCGCGGUGUACGUCGGAGACAAAGAUCAACAGGAGAAGAAGCGGUUUGUGCUACCAAUCGCGUACUUGAACCAUCCCACAUUUCAAGAUUUGUUGCGAAAAGCGGAGGAAGAAUUCGGGUAUGAUCAUCCUACGGGUGGCCUAACCAUUCCUUGCAAUGAGGUCGCUUUUGUUGAUAUCAUGGCUUCUCGACUUCACUUGCAGUUGUAAUUGAUCAAAGCGAAAUGUGCCAGAACAUACAGUAUUAGUUAUAUUAGAUGAGAAUUGAGUAUCUAUAUAGUUUUACACAGUUUUGGGUUGGCCGUAGAGGCGAUUGGUAUUCAUAUUCCAAUCCCCAACAUUCUUUUCAUCUGUUUAGGAACAGCUCAGGUUGUAAUGUAAUCUGGAUGUAAAAUAUCUUCCCUCUAUUUAUUUUCAGAGGCAAAUUAAGAAAUCC